GCCGGGGCGUCUCGUAGGCUGAAGCGCCCCCUCGAGUUUACCGAUCCGAAUGUGCUCUUCCCUCCCUCUCAUAAUCGGAGGCGAUUUAUUAGACGUUAAAAAACCCGGCGCGAUACCGAGAAGAACCCCCCGCAACCGCAACAACGCCAGUACGAAACGGAAAGCUUCGGAGCGAGAGGGAAAAGGGGAGGUACAGGAGGCGGAGGAGGAGGUAAUGGCCGCGGCGGCGGAGGAGUUGUCGACGGCGGCGAGGAGCAGUGGUGGUGGUCCGCUGGGGACGGAGGAGGAGGAGGAGGAGCGGCGGCGGGGGGAGAGCGAGAGCGAGGGGGAGGAGUCCGGGAUGGCGGCGGUGCUGGACUUCGACAUGCUGUGCGCGUCCGUGGCGCUGUCGGCGGAGCGGAGGAAGGGCGCCGCCGCGGCGGAGGCGGCCGGCGACUGCGGAGGCGGAGUCGGAGGCGGAGGGGUGCAGAGGAUGUGGGAGGGGGACGUCGUGCUGGAUUGCCUGGAGGACCGCCGGAUCGCGCUCGAGGCCGCCUGCUGCCCGUGCUACCGGUUUGGCAAGAACAUGCGGAGAGCCAACCUCGGAUCUUGCUUCCUUCAGGGAAUGUUUUACUUCGUUCUGUUAGCGGCUGUUCUGGUCAGCCUAAUUGCCUUUUCAGUAACGAAGCAUCAUAUAUAUUUAUAUAUGGGACUUGCCUCUGUUCUCUUGGUAGCGAUCUAUACUGGUUACUUCCGGAGAAGAAUCAGGAAGCAAUUCAACAUCCGGGGUACUGAGAGCAGUCUGGAUGAUUGUGUUCUCCAUCUCAUAUGUCCUUGCUGUACGCUGUGCCAGGAGGCCAGAACUUUGGAGAUGAAUAAUGUCCAGUGUGGUGUCUGGCAUGGACGUGGCGAUACCAUUUGUUUAGGGAGCAACGGUGAAGGAAACAAGGCUUUCGCUGCCCUGAACAAGGCCUCACUUGUGCCUAGUAAGUCCCCAGGGUUGUGUUGCAUGGACAGAACAUCAAAUGCAGCUGACGAGCACGAGCCGCUCGUCCCAUCAGCCCAACCGGAGCAGGUGUAAUAGAAUUGCUAUUCUGCAUCACCACAACCUCUGCACAUUCCAAGAAGGGCUUCAACUGUCCUGCGAGAAAAAUCAUGGUUACUGCACUUCUGCGCCUUCUUAUUGUGUGCUUGCAUCCAGUGAUCUGAUGCUGGACUUGGCAGCAACCAUACAUGGGAGAUGGGCGCAAUCGGCCUGUUGUUGUAAAAUUCAGUGAUAUUUCUAUUGUGCAAUCAGUUUAUUUAGGUCCAAGACCGUAUCUGCAUAAUGUCACACGAGCUCAGGGCUUUUGCCUGAAUCCAACUGUAAAUUUCUGAUGUAACUUAGCAGUUUCAACGAUACAUAGACAUGAAUGAAAUGGGAUUCCUUCUCUUUCCA